CUUCCCACAAUUGUCCUUCCGGGUGCAAAUUGAUUCCGCUGUUGCUGUCGUUUCCUGCUCGUCUGGCCAGUUGCCGCGCGACGUCAGCCCAAAGUUUUGGACGCAGCAACGACAACGCCGCCGAACAUCUCGACAUGGCCCCGAAAUGGACUGUCGGCCGAGGCCGCAGCGGGGCGACGACGACGCGGUGGCUGCUUGUGCUGGUGUGCGUGUGUGUGUGCGCGUGCGGGUGCGUGUGCCGAGCAUCUUCACAGACUCAGCAUCAGCAUCAGGAGGAGGAGGAGGAGGACAGCGCCAAUGAGAACAUCGUCACGGAGAAGAAGGCCGAGGAGAGCCACCGGCAGGACAGUGCGGACCUGCUAAUCUUCAUCAUGCUCCUCACCCUCACCAUCCUCACCAUCUGGUUGUUCAAACACCGCCGCUUCCGCUUCCUGCACGAAACUGGACUGGCGAUGAUCUAUGGUUUACUGAUGGGCGUGGUCUUGCGCUACGGCAUCCACGUCCCGCGGGACAUCAGCAACGCGACACUGAGCUGCCACCUCAACGCCACCCCCGCCACGCUGCUCAUCAACUCCAAGGGGAAGUUCUACGAGUACACGCUGAAGGGCGAGAUCGGCGCCAACGAGGUCAACGACGUGCAGGACAAUGAGAUGCUGCGCAAGGUGACCUUCGACCCUGAAGUGUUCUUUAACAUCCUGCUCCCGCCCAUCAUCUUCCACGCUGGCUACAGCUUAAAGAGGAGACACUUUUUUCGCAACAUGGGCUCCAUCCUGGCGUACGCCUUCUUGGGGACGGUCAUUUCCUGUUUUGUCAUCGGUUUAUUAAUGUACGGCUGCGUGAUGCUGAUGAAGAAGAUGGGACAACUCGGCGGGGACUUCUUCUUCACCGACUGUCUGUUCUUCGGCGCCAUCGUCUCCGCCACAGACCCUGUGACGGUGCUGGCCAUCUUCAACGAGCUGCAGGUGGACGUGGACUUGUACGCGCUAUUGUUUGGCGAGAGCGUGCUCAACGACGCCGUGGCUCUGGUUCUCUCCUCGUCCAUCGUGGCGUACCAGCCAGAAGGCGACAACAGCCACACUUUCGAGGUCAUGGCCUUGCUCAAGUCCUUUGGGAUGUUCCUCGGCAUCUUCAGCGGCUCCUUCGCUCUGGGCGUGGCCACCGGAGUCGUCACGGCGCUCGUCACAAAGUUCACCAAGCUAAGAGAUUUCCAGCUGCUGGAGACGGCCUUGUUCUUCCUCAUGUCAUGGAGCACCUUCCUUUUGGCUGAGGCUUGUGGCUUCACAGGCGUGGUCGCAGUGUUGUUCUGCGGGAUCACCCAGGCCCACUACACCUUCAACAAUCUGUCGCCCGAGUCCCAGGACAGGACCAAACAGCUGUUUGAGUUGCUGAACUUCCUGGCGGAGAACUUCAUUUUCUCCUACAUGGGUCUGACCCUGUUCACCUUCCAGAGCCACGUCUUCAACCCCAUGUUCAUCGUCGGGGCUUUUGUGGCAGUGUUCCUGGGCAGGGCGGCCAACAUCUACCCCCUCUCCUUCCUCCUCAAUCUGGGCCGACGCAACAAGAUCAGAUCCAACUUCCAGCACAUGAUGAUGUUUGCAGGACUGCGGGGCGCCAUGACCUUUGCCCUGUCAAUCCGGGACACGGCGACGUACGCCAGGCAGAUGAUGUUUUCCACCACGCUGCUGGUGGUCUUCUUCACCGUCUGGUUCUGUGGCGGCGGCACCACCCAGAUGUUGUCGUGCCAGCGCAUACGAGUUGGAGUGGACUCGGAUCAAGACAACUCUGUGAGCAUCGGCGAAGGUUCCGAGCGAAGAACCACCAAACAUGAAAGUGCCUGGCUUUUCCGACUCUGGUACAACUUUGACCACAACUACCUGAAGCCCAUCCUGACCCACAGCGGCCCCCCCCUCACCGCCACGCUGCCCCCCUGCUGUGCCCCCCUGGCCCGCCUCCUCACCAGCCCGCAGGCCUUGGAGAACGAGUGUCAGAUCAAAGACGACGACGACGACUCCGACCUCAUCCUGACGGACGGCGACAUCAACCUGAACUACGGCGACGUCGCCGUCAGCACGGACGCCACGGGGGCGUGCAGCCAGGACGACCCCGACCGGGAGCUGGCGUGCGGCGACCAGGAGCUGGUGAUGAGGGGCACACGCCUGGUGCUGCCCAUGGACGACUCGGAGCCGCCCUUCACAGACCCCCGCUUCUGAAGGCCCCCCCCCCCCCCCUCACCCCCGCACGCCACUUCCUUCUUCGUGCUUCUUCACUUCCGUCCUUCAGCGCGUCUACCUCAUCACGCCGCCAUCUUCCCUCCACCGUAACACGUCGAUGUCCCCUGACAGCGUGUGUCGUCAUGGUAACCGCCACAGUGCCAACUCUCAUGUCCAUGUCGGAAGUAAGAAGGAGGAACGAGGGCCACCAGGUAGCUAGCCUUCUCUUCCAUGCUUUCAGACCUCCACCAAGGCUGAACAAAUGUAGAUUAUUACAAAAAAAUACAUUUUCACAUCAAUCCUAUUUGUGACCAUUCUUCAUCCAUUCCAAAACAUUCACAAUGGAUUAAAUGAUGUUGUUCCCGCUAAAGAUCAAUCCUGGAGUAGAUGUAGAGCAGGGGUCAUCAACGCCAGGUCGCCCGCUGGCCUGUUCUAAAAAUAGCUCAAAUAGCAGCACUUACCAGUGAGCUGCCUCUAUUUUUUUAAAUUGUAUUUAUUUACUAGCAAGCUGGUCUCGCUUUGCUUGACAUUUUUAAUUCUGAGAGAGACAAAACUCAAAUAGAAAUUGAAAAUCCAAGAAAAUAUUUUAAAGACUUGGUCUUCACUUGUUGAAAUAAAUUCAUUUAUUUUUUUACUUUGCUUCUUAUAACUUUCAGAAAGACAAUUUUAGAGAAAAAACACAACCUUAUAAAUGAUUUUAGGAUUUUUAAACACAUAUACCUUUUUACCUUUUAAAUUCCUUCCUCUUCUUUCCUGGCAAUUUAAAUCAAGUUAUUUAUUUUCUUUAUUGUAAAGAAUAAUAAAUACAUUUUAAUUUUAUUCUUCAUUUUAGCGUCUGUUUUUUCGACAAAGAAAUAUUUGUGAAAUAUUUCUUCAAACUUAAAAUUAUUCAGGCAAAUCUAGAAAAUCUGUAAAAUCAAAUUUAAAUCUUAUUUCAAAGCCUUUUGAAUUUCUUUUAACAUUUUUGUUCUGGAAAAUCUAGAAGAAAUAAUGAUUUGUCUUUGUUAGAAAUAUAGCUUGGUCCAAUUUGUUAUAUAUUCUAACAAAGUGCAGAUUGGAUUUUAACCUAUUUAAAACAUGUCAUCAAAAUUCUAAAAUUAAUCAGGAAAAAUGACUAAUGAUGUUCCAUAAAAAAUGUUUUCAAAAAGAUUUAAAUUAGCUAGUUUUUCUCAUCUUUUUUUUUUGGGUUGAAUUUUCAAUUUUAAAGAGUCGAAAUUGAAGAUAAACUAUGUUUCCAAAUUUAAUUAUCAUUUUUUUUUCCUGUUUUCUCCUCUUUUAAACCAUUCAAUUAAGUGUUUUUUUCAUCAUUUAUUCUCGACAAAAAAACCUUCUGUAGAAGGAAAAAAAAAAAUGUACGACAGAAUGACAGACAGAAUUCCAUCCAUCCAUCCAUCCAUCCAUCAUCUUCCGCUUAUCCGAGGUUGGGUCGCGGGGGCAACAGCCUAAGCAGGGAAACCCAGACUUCCCUCUCCCCAGCCACUUCGUCUAGCUCUUCCCGGGGGAUCCCGAGGCGUUCCCAGGCCAGCCGGGAGACAUAGUCUUCCCAACGUGUCCUGGGUCUUCCCCGUGGCCUCCUACCGGUUGGACGUGCCCUAAACACCUCCCUAGGGAGGCGUUCGGGUGGCAUCCUGACCAGAUGCCCGAACCACCUCAUCUGGCUCCUCUCGAUGUGGAGGAGCAGCGGCUUUACUUUGAGUUCCUCCCGGAUGGCAGAGCUUCUCAGCCUAUCUCUAAGGGAGAGCCCCAAACUCAUUUCGGCCGCUUGUACCCGUGAUCUUAUCCUUUCGGUCAUGACCCAAAGCUCAUGACCAUAGGUGAGGAUGGGAACGUAGAUCGACCGGUAAAUUGAGAGCUUUGCCUUCCGGCUCAGCUCCUUCUUCACCACAACGGAUCGGUAGAACGUACGCAUUACUGAAGACGCCGCACCGAUCCGCCUGUCGAUCUCACCAUCCACUCUUCCCUCACCCGUGAACAAGACUCCUAGGUACUUGAACUCCUCCACUUGGGGCAGGGUCUCCUGGCAUUCCACCCUUUUCCGGGCGAGAACCCGGAAAAAAAAAAAAAAAAAACAGACAGAAA